AUGAGUCGUAACCCGGAGGUUCUUUGGGCUCAGAGAUCUGAUAAGGUUUAUCUAACCGUCGCUUUACCUGAUGCAAAAGACAUUUCAGUUAAAUGUGACCCUCAGGGUCUCUUUAGUUUCUCUGCUCUUGGUUCCCAAAGCAAGCGCUUUGAAUUCACCUUGGAGUUCUAUGGGAAGAUUGUGCCAGAAUAUCGAAAGAAUGUUGGGCUAAGGAACAUCAUAUUUUCAAUUCAGAAAGAAGAGAGAAGCUGGUGGCCACGACUUCUGAAAUCGGAAGAGAAACCUGCGCCUUACAUAAAAGUCGACUGGAAUAAAUGGUGUGAUGAGGAUGAGGAAAUUGAUUCUGAGACAGCCUCCGAUGACGAGACUGCAAUUGUUGAUGAGGAAUGUGAAAGCAGCGAUGACGACGGAUUGCUAUAUCUUCCAGAUUUGGAAAAGGCAAGAAGCAAGUAG